AUGUGCUUGAUCGGAGGAGACGGGGCUUCCGCGAGCUGGAUUUUGUGGAGGAUGCUGCGGCAAGUGAUUCACAGAGGGCUCAAGGCGUCGUUCUACUGGCUCGGCUUGUUCGUCAGCAGGCACCCCGUCUUCUUCCUCACCGUGCCCGCCGUGCUAACCAUCAUCUUCGGCUCCACCGUACUCAGUCGCUUCAAGCCGGAGACCAAUCUGGAAGUGUUGGUGGCCCCGACUCACAGCUUAGCCAAGAUCGAACGCAGUCUCGCCAACAGCCUCUUCCCCGUGGAUCAGUCCAAGCACAAGCUCUACUCGGAUCUCCACACACCGGGCAGGUACGGGAGGCUCAUUCUACUCGCCCGCGCCGGAGGGAACAUACUGGAACUAGCGGACCAGGUUCUCCAAGUGCACAAGCAAGUCCUGGAGCUGCGCGAUGGGCGUGUGUCAUUCAUCGGGCACCAGCUGGGAGGGGUCACCUUCUCCCCUAACAGCCGUGACCAGACAGUGAAGUCGGCGCGGGCCGUACAGAUCACAUAUUACCUGCGUAACAAUGGGCCUGUGGUGCAGGACAUCAUCGCCGAGCGCUGGGAGAACGAGUUCUGCGCCCUGGUCCAGCGGCUGUCCUCCAUCCCUCCCCCACACAGCACGGAUCAGCUGCACCUGCAGUCGCUCACCUCCUUUAGCCUGUGGAGGGACUUCCAUCAGACUGGGGUGCUGGCCAAAGGAGAGGUGCUAGUGAGCCUGGUGCUGGUCCUGCUGGCUGCUACUAUCUCCAGCUCCAUGAGGGACUGUCUGAGGGGGAAGCCCUUUUUGGGGCUGCUGGGAGUCCUCACCAUCUGCAUCGCCAACGUCACAGCCGCAGGGAUAUUCUUCAUAUCCGAUGGAAAGUUCAACUCCACACUGCUGGGGAUCCCGUUCUUUGCAAUGGGCCAUGGAACCAAAGGCGUUUUUGAGCUGCUGGCGGGCUGGAGGAGGACGAGGGAGAACCUGCCGUUCAAAGAACGUGUGGCUGACGCAUUUGCAGACGUGAUGGUGUGCUACACUAUGACCAGCUCCCUCUACAUCAUCACUUUCGGCAUGGGAGCCAGCCCCUUCACCAACAUCGAAUCUGUCAAGAUCUUUUGCCAGAGCAUGUGCGUGGCAAUCCUGGUCAACUACUUUUACGUUUUCUCUUUUUAUGGAUCUUGCCUGGUUUUUGCCGGACAGCUGGAGCAGAACCGGUACCACAGUGUAUUCUGCUGUAAGAUCCCGUCAGUGGAGUAUCUGGACCGCCAGCCCACGUGGUUUAAAACUAUGAUGAGCGAUGGGCAUGACUUAUCCACGCACCAUGACAGUUUGCCCUACCAGAACCACUUUAUCCAGCACUUCCUUCGUGAACACUACACAGAAUGGAUUACUAACACUUAUGUCAAACCAUUUGUAGUGAUUCUGUAUCUCAUCUAUGCCUCUUUUUCGUUCAUGGGAUGUUUACAAAUUAGUGAUGGAUCCAACAUUGUAAACUUGCUUGCUAGUAACUCUCCAAGUGUUUCAUAUGCAUUGACCCAGCAGAAGUACUUCAGCAACUACAGUCCUGUAAUUGGAUUUUACAUUUAUGAACCCAUUGAAUACUGGAACUCUACUGUGCAAGAGCAUCUCAAGACUCUGAGUCAUGGAUUCAAUAAAAUUUCUUGGAUGGACAACUUUUUCCAUUACUUACGGGUGGUGAACGUGAGCGCGUCCACCAAAAGCGACUUCAUCAGUAUCCUCAAGGGCUCUUUCCUGCGAAGCCCGGAGUACCAGCACUUCACUGAGGACAUCAUCUUCUCCAAGAACCGCGAGACAGACGAGUAUGACAUCAUCGCCUCGCGCAUGUAUCUAGUGGCACGGACCACCGAGAAGAAGCGCGAGGAGGUGGUGGAGCUUCUGGAGAAACUUCGACCGCUGAUGUUAAUUAACAGCAUCAAGUUCAUUGCCUUCAAUCCCACUUUUGUCUUCAUGGAUCGUUACAGCUCCUCAGUCAUCUCGCCCAUUCUGACCUCAGGCUUCAGCGUGCUCACCAUCCUCAUCCUCACCUUCUUCCUGGUCAUCAACCCCCUAGGGAACUUUUGGCUCAUCUUGACGGUCACCUCCGUAGAGCUGGGUGUGUUGGGUUUGAUGACACUCUGGAAUGUUGGCAUGGACAGCAUCUCAAUCCUGUGCCUUAUUUAUACCCUCAACUUUGCCAUGGAUCACUGUGCACCACAUCUGUACACUUUUGUACUAGCUACAGAGCACACCAGGACGCAGUGCAUCAAGCUGGCUCUGGAGGAGCAUGGGGCGGCCAUCUUGCAGAACACUUCCUGCUUUGUGAUUGGGAUUAUGCCCUUAGUGUUUGUGCCUUCCAACCUGACCUACACACUGUUCAAGUGCUCCCUGCUCACUGCAGGCUGCACGCUGCUGCACUGCUUUGUCAUCCUCCCCGUCUUCCUCACCUUCUUCCCGCCUUCCAAAAAGAGACACAAGAAGAAGAAACGGGCAAAGCGGAAAGAGCGGGAACGAGAGAGGGAGCGGGAACGGGAGAGGGAGAGAGAGAGGGAGGAGAUUGAGUGUAUAGAAAUCAGGGACAAUCCUGAUCAUGUGACUAACGUCUGA